CUUUUCCUUCUAUUUUGUUUGAAUUUACCUUUACAAUUAAUUCACAACCAACAAUAUACUCAUUGUUGAAACACGCUCGAGCAAGGCAUUUUGUCAGUUUUCCACUUGAAUUUUGCCUUAUCAAUACUCAUACUUAUUCAGUCACUCCACACAGCUUCCGUAUAAACAACGCUGGGCUACGGUAAGCGUAAACACAAUACAAGCAAAACAACUUUUUGGAAGCACUCAUGGCUGACUUCGCAGCAAAGCCCACCAUGGGCUCGCAAACCCCACACCAACGACCGCCAAUCAACCCGUCGCCCCACCCGAUGAGCAAGCUGAGCAUCGGGGGCAGUGAUAUCAACGGCAUGUCUGCCCGGACUUCUGGGCCGCCGUCUCCCCGGCAAAAGAAGGCCAAGGCCUCGCAGUAUGACCGGUUCAUCCCCAACCGCAGCGCCAUGGACAUGGCGUCCUCACAGUUCAACAUUGCGCGGUCCGACAGCGACCAGCCGCUUGACAGCGCCACAAUUGCCUACCAAGAGGAGAUUGCGCGCGCGUGCGGUGUCUCGAUAAACAAGCGCAUUUUAAAGUUUAGGGAGGAGGCGCCCACUAGUGAAAAGGACGACCUUCGCCAGGUCUAUAGCCGGCCAGCUUUGAAAGCAGGCGCAUCAACAGGAACCAAGCGCCGCAUCCUCAACACCCCCGAGCGCGUGCUGGAUGCCCCGGGGCUUAGCGUCUACUUGUGGGACGCCAGCACUGGCGAUGUCAACAGUCUGUGCCAGCUCGAGGGCGACGCAUAUAUUUCCAGCGUCAAAUGGACUGCCGACGGCACAUACCUCGCGGUGGGCACCAGCGACGGCGACGUUCAGAUCUGGGAUGCCGAGUCGCAAAACAGAAUCCGAACCAUGUCGGGGCAUCAGGCUCGAGUGGGCGUCAUUUCCUGGGAGAAGCACAUGCUUUCCUCGGGCUGCCGCGACGGCUCGAUCUGGAAUCAUGACGUGCGUGUCGCUGCUCACAAAACUGCCGAGCUGGUUGCCCACAGCGGCGAAGUCUGUGGCCUCACGUGGCGUGCAGACGGUGCUCUUCUUGCGAGCGGCGGCAACGACAACCUGGUUAAUAUCUGGGACGCGCGCUCGACCGUUCCAAAGUUCACUAAGACCCAGCACACCGCCGCCGUGAAGGCCCUUGCCUGGAGCCCCUGGCAGCUAAACCUGCUUGCCAGCGGUGGUGGCUCCUACGACCGCCAUGUGCACUUUUGGAAUACCACCACCACUGCGCGGCUCAACUCGAUUGACACCGGCUCUCAGGUCACCUCGAUCCAGUGGUCAAGCGAGUACCGCGAGCUGGUUACGUCGCACGGUUUCCCACACAACCAUUUGGCGCUGUGGAGCUACCCUUCGCUUACCAAGAUUGUCGAUAUCCCCGCACAUGACACGCGCGUGCUGCACACGGCCAUCUCACCCGACGGCCAAACCGUUGCCACCGCCGCCAGCGAUGAGAGCCUCAAGUUCUGGCGCAUCUUUGAGUCUCGCGGAAAGUCUAUCCGAUCGGGCAAGGGCGAUACAGCCGCGUCAACGUUGUCAUCGGCAUCCAGCAGCUCGUCCCAUGGCUCUGGAUCCGCUGUGCAGAGUAUCCUGGAUGUGACAAGGCCAUCUUACAUCCGCUAAAGGAAGGACCACCAAUUUUAUUUACCAUUUACCUGUUUGUUUUUAUUUGUGCAUACGUGCGUGUGUGGAUGUGUAUGGCCCAAUUGGUGAUCUUAAUUCUGAUGAUUUAGUCUGAUUAUUUGAUGAAAAUUUAGUAUUUUUCCAAAUGAAUGGAAAGGGG